GCUUGGUGGAAUGCUUCCUGGAGAAGUCUGCUCCAACCGCACGACAGGCAGAGUGCUUGAUGGUUGCCAAGGUUUCCCAGUAUUUGGCAAAGUUCACCGCUGACACCUGCACAAACGCCCCUGUCACCAUGAAGCAGGGCCUUGAGCUUUGGCAGAAGCUUUCAAAAGCAAUGGAUUCAACCGACAAGUUGAUCCCCAUGUCCAUGCUGGCCGACUACCCUCUCACCCAGAGUGUUCAGACCGCAGUCAAUCGCUUGGGGGCUUUGCUGAGGAAGGGGCUUCAAACUUCUCUCCACGACCAGAUCAAGGAACAUGGUGACAGGAAAGCCAUUGAGAUCUUUACCAAAGACUACAGUGCGCCUUUCCCUUCCAAGUUCGGAGACACCAUCCACACUAUUGAAGCAUGCGCCCUAUGGACUCCGAAGACUUUGAAGAUUGACGACAUUCUCUUCAAGGAGGUCAAUGGCCCCGGUUUGCAAGUCUAUUUGCCUUUGUAUUUGAAGGUGACGGCGUUGGACUUGGACACCUUGGAGACAAUGCUUCCUGAGAAGCAUCAUCAGGCUGUGACAUUCACCAAGAGCUUCCACACACUUUUGAAGCAGUUGCAGGACACAGUAGAGGAUGACCUUGGCACAAGCAACAAGACUCUUCAAAACUUCAGGCCAUGCAUCCAGGCCAUUGAGGCGUGGGACAUUGCCAGUGUGGAUUGGCUGGUGAACCCAGCCACUGAGCAGAAAAAGGCAGAGAUUACAGAUUCCACCAGCGCCUUGCAAGAGUAUCGGGAGACCCUAGGGCAGCAAAUCGGGUUCUUCAAGGCAGUGCAGUCCACCAAGGGCAACAUGGGUGAUCCAGAUGCAUGGGGCGGUCACAAGUGG